AUGAUGAGCAAAACAUCAAUAGAGCAUUGGUGGAAGCAAUUUGCUCAAAGUCAUGAAAACUUGAAGCAUUCUAUAGCAGGCGCAGGCGCAGGCAUUGUAUCCUCUAUUGUCACUUGUCCUUUGGAUGUAGCUAAAACACGAUUACAAAAUCAAAGUAUUGCAGGACCUGGCGAAAAAUUGUAUAAAGGCACCGUGGGUACAUUAUCGAGGAUAUGGCGAGAAGAAGGUAUACGUGGAUUAUAUAGAGGAUUGGGUCCUACAAUAUUAGGCUAUUUACCUACUUGGGCGAUUUAUUUCACUGCCUACGAUUAUUGUAAAAGCCAUUGGGCAGAAGAAAUAGGACAUAAAGAAUGGCUAUUACAUAUUACCUCCGCUAUGACUGCAGGAGCAACGUCUACAACGCUUACCAAUCCAUUAUGGGUUAUAAAGACAAGACUCAUGACCCAAAAUGAACGAACAGCGUACAGAUACAACAACACGUUACAUGCUUUGAUCACAAUUGGAAAAGAAGAAGGUUUUAGAGGAUUCUAUAAAGGUUUGGGGCCUUCUUUAAUUGGGAUUAGUCAUGUUGCCGUACAAUUUCCAUUAUAUGAAAAGUUGAAACAUGCAUUUCACGUGGAUAACGACGAACGGUCAGGAUCAAGCUCUAUUUUAUUAGCGUCCUCAUUGUCAAAAAUGGCCGCCAGCCUGGCGACUUAUCCUCACGAAGUUAUCAGAACACGAUUACAAAAUCAAACGAGAAGACCCUAUAAAUACAAAGGCAUCUUACAUGCGAUCAAUGUCAUGUCGAAAGAAGAAGGAGUACGAGGAUUUUACAAAGGCCUAACCACCAAUUUGGUCAGAACAGUACCUGCAUCAGCAAUGACUAUAUUGACCUACGAAAUGAUCGUUAGAACCCUAGACACUUGGAAAAAUUUAUAA